GCCUGUGCAGAUGAUUCUCUGGCCACUGGUGUCUGGUGACAGAUCGGUUCCACAAGCACUGCAAGGUGUAAAGGCGGGGGGGCUGUGCUGCAACAGCUGUGAACGUAAAAUGAACUAUCCCCUCUACAUCCGGAGCGUUCCAACUGAAAACGAGCUGAAGUUCCACUACACCGUGCACACUUCCCUUGAUGUCGUGGAUGAAAAGAUCUCUGCGAUGGGCAAGGCUCUUGUAGAUCAAAGGGAACUAUACCUAGGGCUCCUCUACCCCACUGAAGACUACAAGGUAUACGGCUACGUGACAAAUUCGAAGGUGAAGUUUGUUAUGGUGGUGGAUUCUUCAAACACAGCACUUCGAGACAAUGAGAUCCGCAGUAUGUUCCGAAAGCUGCAUAAUUCCUAUACGGACAUAAUGUGUAACCCUUUUUAUAACCCUGGGGACCGUAUCCAUUCCAGGGCUUUUGAUAAUAUGGUGAACUCCAUGAUGAUGCAGGUGUGCUGAGGCUCUGCCCCUUCUCAUCCAAGCAUUGAGAACAUUCCCUGUGUACAGGAGUGUGCCUACAAAACAAUGUAUAUAUGGUUUUCAUUCUGUGUAAUAUUUUAAAUUUAUUCUAUGUAAAAUAAACUCUACCCCUGCAAGGUCUACAUGCAUUUCUACGCCAGCAAACCUGAGCAUAGCACAGAAGUAGCUGUUGAGCUUUAUGCCUUCAGGUAACAUGUGAGAGCCAGCUCUUCCUUCAGGAAGGUCAGCUGUGUCAGGUAGGAGGUUUGUUCCCUACAGAAAUGUGUGCAGCUGUGCCUCUGCAUCUCAGAUGUUUCUGUAGGAAUCAGGCUUUGUGUAAAAACAGCAGUCCCUGCUGUGCUUGUGAUUAGAGCAAGCACAGCUGCACAAGAGACAGCUCAGAGAUUAUUAUUAGGGUCAACCUAGAUCUCAGUCAGCUGAGAGGCUGAGAUAGUGACACUGUUCCUCAGAAGUACUGGUGCUUCAGAGCAGUUCCUCUGAAGCAGGAGCAGCACAUCAGCAACAUCAGCAAUCAGAGUCCUUUUGCUCUUUGCCAGCCCCCUUCAGUGCUGCGCAGGACUCUUCAUUCCGACAGGAACAUCACAAGCAAGGCUUAAUUCAAACAUCCUUGGGCUCCUCAUCCUGUUUUUCCUUAGCUGGGAGCACUCAGAUCUGCAUGUACUUACUCUGUUAGUUCUUGGAAAGAGAAAACUCUGCAAAUCAGCCAAAGGCUCUGGGUUCCUCUACAGCCUCAGCCACUGUUUGUGUCCUUGGGAAAGCUCUGGCAGACAGCAGGUCUCAAGGCACCACCUUGAACCCGAUCAAGCCCUGCACUGAUCUUGCCUUCCUGGGGCAGAUCUUUGGGUGACUGGCAUUUGAUCAGUAUUUGCUGUUGUCACUUUGCACCUCAUUCAGACAGGCCAGGCACACCUAACAGCAUUUUCAGUCCAAGGAGCACAGGUAGCACAGCUGGAAUAAAUCCACACCAAGAGAUUAAGACAUCAGGAUGGCACAACUGCCUGGCUCAUCCCAAACUAAUCUCUAUUAGCAUCUCCUCCCCCUGGAGCUCCCUGCUGUUCUAAUUAAAGACUACCAAAUCAGCAGCAGGUAUUUAUAGAGGGAAAAAAAUACAAGCUAGACUAGGAAAGCAUCCCAGCUUCUUAAUCGCUUGCGCAGUACGCUCACACUACACCAGGCUGUGCAGCUGCAGCAAACUCAGCAGAGGUAACACGGGCAGGCGUAAGCACUGAGCAGCCACUCGGUGCUUUUCACACACCUUUGCUCG